UUGUAUUUAAGUUUAUCAUUAUGGUAGUUUAUAUUUGUUACUAUAUAUAAUUUUUACUUGUGAUGAAUCUAAUUGAUAAAUAUAUGCUACAUUAAUUUCUUUGUUAUGUUAAUUCAUUUAAGAUGUUUUCAAAUAUUCGGAAAUGUGAAACAGAUAUCAACGUAAUAUUGGAUGAACCUCUAACCAGUGAUUCGUGCACAAAACUUAUUAUCGAGUUUAUAAAAUAUGUAUUAUAUCAAAAACAACAAAUACCGUUUACAUAUGAUUCCUUGGUGCACUUACAAGCCAAGACUAAAAAAUCGGACAGAAAUUCAUCAUUUAUCAAAACAUUAUUAAAUUCCUUAACAAAUGUGUCUGAUCACUUAUCUUCAGAAUUACUUUUUAAAGAUUGCAAAGUUAAGGAAAUCGUAAUCAUUAUUGGUCCAACAAUAGUAUCACCAAAGCUACAAAUUACAUUGGAAUUACCAACACAAAUUCUUGAUAGUUUGUGUCAUACAAAGUGUAAACAUUCUUCACAGAAACCUCUUCUUAAUCUAAUGAGAUCAAUGAUGGAAUGUAAAGAAUUUCAAGAUGCUAUGACUUUACCUUUAGGACCUACAAACACAUUCUUUUUGUUACAAAAAAGUGAUAAUAAUAGUUUAUCUAAUUUCUUUCUACCAAAACCAAAUUAUAUACCCUCAAUACAAACAUCACAAAGUUUUAGAAUCAAGUUACUACAUAAUAAUCAACUUGAUAUAGAUUGUAAUUGUACAAAUUUAGUCAAAGUAUAUCGCGAACUUGCUAAUACUAAUUUUAAAGAUGAUUCUAUUAUGCAAUGUAAGGAACAGUCCAAUGAACAAACUGUGCAAGCACCUUUUCGAUGGUAUCAAUCUAGGGAAGUAAUUAAAGGAUUCAAAUAUGUUAGAUAACUUUAAAUUUAUAAUAGGAGUAAAAAAUAUUUCUUUAUUAUUCAAUUUUAUAUUUUUAUCAUAAAUUUCAUACUCAUUUAAGUUGCAUUUUAUCUAAAUAAUUUUACUUAUUUUUAAUCAAUUUUGCAGGAAACAACACAUGAUAAAAAUCUAACAAAUGAGUUAUAAAAAAUAUUUUUAUAAAUAUUCAUUUCUUUUCUUUUCAUUUAUUGGUGAGCUAAUAAUAAUAAUCAUAUCAUAUAUAUGCGAACUACUAUUCAUAUAAAUA